GCGGGGGACUCGGUUGCGAUUCGAUGGCGGUCGGUGCCGGGAGGGCCCGACACGGCCGCCAUUGAAAAAGGGGAACGGCACGUGGCCGUUCAAUGGGGGCCCAUCGCGGUCGUGGGGGUGUACUUGAGGCCCACCAGGCGCCUUCCUCUCUUCGACAACUGGCUCUCGGACAUCGGGCAGGCGCUCAUACGCCUGAGUCCGAGGCCGGUCCUCGUGGCCGGGGACUUUAAUUCGUGGCACACGAAGUGGGGUUCCCGGCACACGAAUAGGAGGGGUAGGGCCCUGGAUGAGUGGGCGGCGGCGCAUGGUCUGGUCCUGGUCAACGAGGGCCGGACCUCCACCUGCGUGCGGACGCACGGGGAGUCCAUCGUGGAUCUCACGUGGGCGACCCCCUCGGCCGCGUGCCUUAUCACGGGGUGGAGGGUGGAGGAGGGCACCGAGACUCUGUCAGAUCAUCGUUAUAUAACGGUGGAGCUCGGUGUCCUCUCCUCCGUGCGUCGCCACGAGGAGACGCGACCGCGAUGGGCACUACGCAAACUCUGCGAGGACGCCCUGAUGGCCUCGCUAGAGGCCGCCUGUUGG